CUGGCGUUGGAUGAGUUCCAUUAAUCUGCGAAAUUAGGCGAUUUUUGAGAAAGUGUGUUUUAACCGCUGCUUUAUCUUUUGAACAUAGUUUCGUGGCAUGUUAAACGUGUUGACGCGUAAAUAAUUUUGUAGGACCAUUGAACAAUAUUUUUCGGACUUGUUUAUGGUGGAUUAACGCUCCGGACGUGCUCCCCGUCUCCAACAACGAGUCUCCAUAUUGAGAAAAAGUGUGUAUUAACAGAUAUAUCCAUCUGAGCUUCAAGAGAUACAAGAUCUCGUCUUCAGAAGCGGUUCCACCGCUGAAGGAGCAUCAAAAUGGCUCACGGGACGUUGCCAUAUAGCAACAUAGUCAUCCCCAGUGCACCCAACUGGUUCGAGACAAAAAUUAUGGUUUAUUCACCAGAUGAUACACUAAUUUAUGGUACUAGAUGUGACUUAAUGGUAUUUAAGGAUAUCGCCAGUAAAUCAGCUUUACCAAGGUUCCAUAUCAUGAAACAUGCUCACUCAAAGAGAAUCACAAGCUUGGCCAUAAAUCCUAAAUGGAGUGAAAAACAGCUUCUUGUCACAGCAGGCGAGGAUAAAUUUGUUAAGCUCUGGGAUAUGGCACAUUAUGAUACUAUGGGAAUGCACCAACAACAUUUGCAAAGCGAGAAGGUUAUAGCUGCUGAAUUUUGUGGCUCUGACAAAAUCCUGAGUGUGUCCAAUGAUGGUCAUGUUGUCUUAUGGAACUACAUCCGUAACGAAAUGUCACAUUUGUCAAAUAUUUUUGGCUCCGUAAAGGUUACAGUGACAGGCUGCUCAAUUUGCCCCCACAAUCCAAAUGUUGCUGCAUUUGGUUUGAAAACUGGCCUUAUUUUAAUUGUUGAUCUGAAAGGCAAAGGCAGCAUCAUUUCCAAAUUACGUGGACAUGAUAAAGAAGUUGUGGAUCUAGACUGGUGUCCGAUACCAUUUAACAUCUUCCCAAAUGAUCCAAAAAACAAAGUUGUCAUAAGCCCUCAGCAAUUUAUUGCUGCCCGAGGCAAGAGCCAUGAAAGUAUUGUAGAGGACGAAACAGUAUCAAACGUGUCAACCAGCAUUGAAAAAAUCCCAACACUAGAACAACAAAUUGGGGCUACUGUAAGCAAGAUCAGCACCAUGGCUGAUUUUCAAGAACUAGAGAUUACUGCCAGCACCGAGAGUGUAGUAACUAGCAGCGAGAGUCAGAAAAAUCAGCAACAUGUUGCUGAGACAGUGCCACUACAUCUUCUGGUAGUGAUACCCAAAAGGUAGACCAGAAACAUGUAGCUGCAAAGAGCCCAGGGGAAUCAACUAGUGAUGAUAGUCAAAAUGACGAGAGAAGUGAAACUUCCCUGAGUGAUUCAUCACCAAGUUUGGUAGGCUCACCACCAGAUAUGACUGGAACAGAACAAUCGGGCAGGGGCAGAGGGAAAGGAAGAGGAAAAGGUGGAGGAAGUGGCAGCAAGAUGAGGAUUCCAACAAACCCGAAACAUCUGCAGGACCGCAGUUGCGCCGAAGUAAAAGAGAGAACAACAAAAAACUGGACUGGCCGAAACUUGGAACAUCUACAAGUGAUACAGAGGAUAAAGCGUCUAAAUCUGGCCGAAGCACAAGGGCUAGUACAUCCACUAGAACACCACAGCCUUCUAAAGAGGACGCUGUAAAACAGGAUAAAGCGUCUAAAUCUGGCCCAAGCACAAAGGCUAGUACAUCCACUAGAACACCACAGCCUACUCAAGAGGACACUGUAAAACAGGCUCAGGCUAAACUUGAGAAAAGCCUUAACAUUGACCCCUGUGAUGAUGAACACGUUGGUACAACCUAAGGAUACAAAAGUGCCAUGCCCCAAGGAGAAACCUGAACAAACAAGCAUUCUCAAGAAAAGUGAACCACUUCCUUCCUCAGUAGGUUCAGACAAAUCUGCUACUGAUGCUGAAUCUAAGAUCAGCAGCGAGUCAUUGUCAACAAUUGUUGAAGAGCCCUCCUUCUUAGGACGAAGACCACUUAAUCCGUCAAAUUUGGCCAUGUUAGAUCUUAUAACCCUCCCACCUUCUGCCAGUAGGCCAUAUUGUGCCAAGUGCGGCAGCGAGAAG